AUGGUUGACGGUCAGACUUUAUCCGUUGAAUCGGUCCUGUCUGCUAUCGAUGCGUUGUACAUGAAUCCGGAUACAUCUGUUAAGGAGCAGGCCUCAAAAUGGUUGUGUGAAUUUCAGAAAUCGGUUUAUGCUUGGCAGAUAUCAGACCAGUUGUUAUAUAUGAAAAGAGACCUAAACAGCUGUUACUUUGGGGCACAAACCAUUAGAAAAAAGAUCCAAUGUCAUUUUACGGAACUUCCAGUAGAUUCCCAUGAAGGUCUGAAAAAUUCCCUACUGGAACACGUCUGCAAGCUAAGUGAAGAUACGAGCUUACCGAUAGCAAACCAACUAUGUUUGGCUGUUGCAGACUUAUUCUGCCACAUGGUUCAAUGGAAGGAUGGGGUUAAAGAUAUUGUGUCUAAGUUAUCAAGUUCAGACGUUUCUUGUGGCUACCUUAUCGAUAUCUUGAAGUUUAUCCCUGAGGAGAUGAAUAGCAGUGCUCUUAGACUGGGAAUGAAUCGCCGACAUGCACUUAUGAGUCAGUUCGAAGGAAGCAAACGUUUUGUAAUGGAGUUCUUGUCCCAUAGAGUAAAAUCAGAUCAAAUGGUGAUCUUGGCUAAAGUGUACAAUUGUCUUGCGAGUUGGUGGGACAAUACAGGAGUAAUGGUUGAACAGGAUGUGCUUAUUGAGCCGUUGUUAAACACUGCCUUUGUUAUUCUUAGAAAUCCUUCAUCCACCCCUGAGUCCACUUUUGAUGCCGCUUCUCAGUGGGUCCUCGCACUUUUGUAUCAGUGUAAGCAACUGAGCAAUUCAAACAGUGAGUUACUACGCUGGUUACAGGAAAAUAUUUACAGUUUGGUUAGUGUUGUUCAAGAAUGUUCACAUUCUAUUGCAUCUGCAGCAGGACCAGUUCAACAACAAGAACAACUUGAAGUAUAUAAAGAUCGAUGCACAUGUUUGGCUCAUAUUUUCUCAUCACUUGCCAGAACUUUACGACCUCCUCUAGUUGAUCAACCCACUAGUCCUGGGUCUGGUGGUUUCGGAGACUUGCGUACAAUGGAAUGUAUUCUUGUGAUCCUUGAAGUACCCCCUCCUCUUGGUAGUCGUGAGUUAGCAUCCAUUACCUUCCACGCUUGCAUUCAUUGGCUGAUGAUGCAAUUCGACAUCGAUCCCUAA